CACAUCGAUUCAUCUCUGAUUUGAGAACUGUGAGAGCAUUUUGUCGUGUGUGCGUGCGUGUGUAUAAAUUUGAAAAGAAAAAAAAACAAACAAACAAACAAUUGGAUAAAUAUGCCAAAAGUAGUAUCGAGGAGCAUUAUAUGCUCUGAUACAAAAGAUCAGGAAGAAUACAGCGAGGAGAAACCGUUGCACAUUUAUUAUUGCAUAUGUGGUCAGAUGACAUUAAUUUUAGAUUGUGCCAUUGAAAAAUUACCAUUAAGAAAAAGAGAUGGAGCAAGAGUAAUCGAUGGCAGUAAGCACGCUCACAAAAUGACUUCAGAACGAGACGAGAUUGUAUUUCUUAAACGUUUAGAGGGAAUUGAAAAACAAUACAGGCAAAAGUGUAAAAAAUGUGGCUUAUUGCUGUAUUAUAAACAUGAUCCAGGAGCAAAUAUAGUAUUCGUAGUAAAAGAUUCAGUAAUAAAAAGUUCUGGGGAAGGUCCUAUGACAGAUAUUUAUAAUCAAGUGGCCAUUGAGAAACCUAAAAAAAUAAUGGUUACAAAACAUACCAAAAAUAUGGGCAAAUUUAGUUCGGUUACUGUAUCUACAAUCGAUGAAGAAGAGGAUGAAAUUGAAGCUAGGGAAGUUGCUGACUCUUAUGCAAACAAUGCACGUAUCAUAGAAAAACAGUUGGAGAGAAAAGGUAUGAAUAAACGAAAAGCUAUACCAUCUACUGAAGCAGAUUCAAAACGAGCAAGACCUAGAGGGACGUUAUUGGAUGUUUGAUUUUUUUUUAAUCGAGAAUUGUAAAUAUGUAUAUAUAUAUAUGUGCGUUAAUUUACUAUGUCCUAUAUAGAGUUUAAAAUAUAUUUACUUACACAUUAUUAUACGUGAACAAAAAGAUAGCAAUACUUUCGAUAAAUUUUAGAAUUUUCACAAUCUUAUAAUUUUUCCAAUGUUGAAAUUUAUUAUAAAAAAAUAUUGCUAUUUCUUUCUUCACGAUAGUAUAUCAUACAAAUAAUUUUUUCCCAUAAACGUUAAUAUUCCAUAAUAAUGAAUACUUAAUGAAUAAUAGAUUCUAUAAUAACAAACACAACUUAUAUCGACAUAUUUAUUAACAUUACACAAAAAAGUAAAUCUUUAAAAUAUACAAAUGACUAGAUAUAAAUAUUGCAUAAAAAUGUACGUUGCAAAAUAGAUAAAAAUUUAACAAAUAAAUAUAUUAGUUACGGACAAUUCAUCGAUAAAUAACUGCAAACAAAAAAGAUAUAAUUUUUUUGCUUGCAUUUGGAAUUAGUUUAUACAAUGGCAACUUUAAUUAGUUAUAGUUAAACAGCGUCUAAUAAAACCGUUAUUUGGUUACUAAAAAGUAAUUCUAAUUGAUAUGACAUAUUUAUGUUGUAAGAUGGAAGAGCUGUCUAAACAUAAUAAUUCUUUUACUGGCCUCGUUUUUUAUCUAUGGAUUAUGAGAUAUUGUAUGUCCAGUACUAUGAAACAUUAAUGUGUAUGUUAUGUAUGUGUGUUGUGUAUGUGUAUGUACACGUGGCACACAAACCAAGAUUUUGUUCAUUUAAGUACAUAUCUGUUCAUAAUUUUUUUAUCUGCUGCUACUAGUGUGCAUGUAUGCAUGUAUAUGAGAUCUUCGCUUAUUUUAAUUGUGCAAUAUAGUAAUCCAAGAAAGAUGCAGCUCACAGGUUACAAAUUUCUGUUUUCGAACAAACUUUCCCUUGGAAAACAUUUUUAAGAUACAUGUAUAAUCUUUGUUCAUAUUUCAUAAUUUGG